GUCAAUUUUUUUUUAUUUCUUUUUUGUCUUCUGCCCCUUCCGGUUUGCGUCGUCGGAUGCGCCUGGCUCAGGACCAACAGCCCAAAGUAUUCUCCCUCACGAACAUCAACCGCAAACGAAAAGGAAAGAAAAAAAAAAAACCACCUCCACUUGCUCUCUCCUCCUUCUAUUCGCAACGCUCCGCUCUCUCCCACCCGCCCCGGCGACCAGAUUUGAACAGUCACAAACCCACACACACACACACUGAGCUGCUUUUAUCCCAGUUCAUAACAGUGCACAUUCAUUUUUCUUCCCUCGCCCAUCCCUCUCACUUAUCUCCGCACAUCGCUCUCACGCGUCUCCAUCUCCAGCUCCUCCUGCCCGCCCCUCGCCUCAUCGUCGAAACCUUUUUUCCGGCGUCCUGGUCCUCCUGUCAUCGCACCUUUUCGAGUCAGUUCCAGGCAUUUUCUUUUGAGCCGCCCGCAUCACCGAGGUAUCUACAAUCCCGCCCGCCCGCCUACACUAUCCUCCUCCCACUCCUCCUACGAUCUUUUGUCCUCGGCACUCUCGCCGCCGUCUUCCACUGGCGCAUUUAUCACCCAUCUAACAUUCCAUCAACAGAAGGGUCCUUUAUUGUCGACCGUCCACCCGCGAAAACAUCUCCAAAGCAAAGCGAGUAGCCCCGCAGAAACCUCGAGCUUUCCCUCUCCCGCCUUCAUCACCUCCUUCAAUCCGCCAUCCUACCUUCUUCGGCCCGAUUGCGCCUCAAACCAGAUUUCUCACACGCAAUCAUGGCAACCAACGGUU